AUGGAGCCGAGAUUAAUAGAUAAAAUAGUGCGCGCCGCCGGCAAUAUUGAAAACCAUAUUGUAUGUGAAGUAGGUCCAGGACCAGGUGGUAUAACUCGUUCCAUUAUCAAACAAGCGCCUCGGAAAGUUAUUUUAGUCGAAAAAGAUCACCGCUUCAUUCCUUCACUAGAACUACUAGCUGAUGCCUAUGUCAAAACUGAAUGGGAAGAUGUCCCACCACCAGUCAACUUAAUUGGAAAUCUACCAUUUAGUGUAUCAACAAUUUUGAUCAUAAGAUGGCUGGAAAUGAUUUCAAAGCAGGAAGGCCCAUGGGCAUUUGGUCGCACAAGAAUGACUUUGACAUUUCAAAAAGAGGUAGCAGAAAGAAUGGCUGCCCGAAUCUUAGAUAAGCAAAGAUGUAGACUAUCAGUUAUGUGCCAGAGUUGGUGCAAUGUAAACUAUAAAUUCGAUAUUUCUGGUGCUGCCUUCCUUCCAAAGCCUGAUGUUGACGUUGGAGUUGUCACUCUUACACCAUUAAAACGACCAGUGAUGAGUCAAAAUUUUAAACUUGUGGAAAAGGUAGUGCGCCAGGUAUUUUCAAUGAGGCAAAAAUACUGUCUGCGUGGUGUUGAAACUUUAUUCCCUGAAGAUUUUAAAGAAGAAAUGGCUAAAACUAUGCUUAAAAUGGCUGAAAUAGAUCCUGUCACCCGGCCAUUUCAGAUAGCAAAUGGAGAAUUUUCUAGACUUUGUGAUGCAUACGGUGAAAUUAUAAAGAAGUAUCCUGAAUUUGAAAACUACAAUCACAGAGCACCUAAGAAACCUCAAACAAAUGUAGAAGAGGAACUUAUUGAAUAG